CCUAUAUAUACAUCUUUUCUAAAAAUUCGAGUCUCAUUAAAGAGCACUAAAGGAUUCAUUCUGGGACAGUUGAUCCAUUUACAAUAUGGGAUCUUUUAUUAGCAAGGCCAAAUCAAAGACGGACUCGACCGCAAAAGGUCCUGUUCCAAUGUCCUACUACUCUAAUGCGCAGAGUACCAAGCCGCCGCUAAUCGCAAACGAAAACGCAUUCCUAGGAGAUGUUGCGACGUCUGAGAAUCUUGACCCCACGAAACCUAUCUCGGCUGGGUUCUACCGUUUGGAGAAGGGAACACCGCUUGUAUACGAGUAUACGUAUCACGAGAUGAAGGUGAUUGUUGAGGGUAGCUUUGAUAUAAGCGAUGAAACGGGCAACAAAGUGCACGCUGUCCCUGGCGAUGUUUUCUAUUUCCCCAAGGGCUCAAAGAUCACCUUUACUACGGAUGACUAUGGGCUUGGCUUCUACUGUGGACAGAGAAAGAAGGAUAGCGCAUAAGGUGAUAUUAGGUGUAUAUAGGGGCACAUUACUAUUCUAAUAUUGGAAAGGAGGCCGCGCGGGUCAUAACUUGACCAGCCACGCACAAUCAGGCCAGAGUGAAUAAUACUAAAAGAUACCGCUUUUGAUGUUAUGUAAGGGUCAAUAUGCGAAUUGACAGUCCCUGGCUUGAAAGUAAUCAUGAAGCGGACAGCUAAGACUUAAAUAUACGUACCAUACUGGUAGCAA